AUCGGCACUUUCAACGAUCGAGUGUUGUGUGUCAGAUAUAAAUGUUUAAAAUAUCAUAUGAGCUUUUAUUUAGAAAAAAGAAUGGCUUCUUUUGAAACAUCUGACAGGACAGUCCUAGUAGUGGAACUGUCUCAGUCUGUGACAUCCACAUUCUUCGGAUAUUGUGAAAUCCGCCCGCCAGGAUGGAUAAAGGGUUCUUUACUUGUAGCGUCAGCUUUAGCAAUGGCAGUGGCGAUUGUGUUCACUGUUUUCAGGAUGAAAGAACUACCUACAGACGAUGCUAAAUUCACGUUUGCAAUACUUAUUUUAAUUAAUACAGUGCUCUGCAUUAUUUUUGUAUUCCUUGGAGUGUUCUUUUAUCGUAUCCCGGAACUUCUUGUCAUCGUCGUGGCGUUCCUUGCGACAGUAGUAAUACUCAUUAUUGAUGCAGUUCAGACUACGGACAUAGACUGGUAUAUCGGGGUAAGACUUUUUAUCUUCAUAGCCGCUUUCUUUGCGGUUGUACCAGCGUCCUGCUUCACUAUUAAGUAUAACUAUCGUCAUCGUGGAAAGCUUCCGUUCUAUAUGGGGUUUGGACGGGAAGACGGACAAAGAAAAAUCUUAUGGGACAACCUUUUCAGAAGUGUGCUCAACUUGGAUCUGCAAAUAUCACUUACUAUGGUACCAAUAGUAUGGCCCGAAGGAAUUCAUUUCAAUGAGUAUGACCGAUAUUUAAUCAUACCGACCGCUAUCAGCAGUGUCGGUAUGUUCCUGGUUGGGCACAUUUUGGUAUGGCUAAAAGAAAGGCUCGUGAAACCUUGCAGAGUGUCGAUAUAUUGUAUUUACAGUAUCUGCUGGUCUGUAAUCUGUCUGUACGCAGUGUUUUUGAUGUAUGAGACAUUGAAAGAUCUGAAAGAGAACACAAAUUCGACAAAGGCUGUCGAUGGAAUAUACUACGUGGCUCUUAUGGCAUCAUCUUUGUCGUUAUUGUUAAAGGUAGCAACAUUAGUCCUAGGCAUUAUCGUCUCUCGUAAUAUCGGAAACGGAGAUAACACAACAGGAGCGAAUCAUGAUGUUAACAGUCAAGAAGAAGUCGUUGUACCUUCUUCCAAUAAUGCAGAACCGAAACAAAGAAGUGACGGGCUAGAAUCAUCCAUGUGUUGAUGGGAAGUAUAGAAAUAACAUCAUAAUUCCAUGUUAAGGUAGCAUGGAUUUGACUGUAGCUAUUGACAGAACGAGAAACUAACGAUGAGUAGUUGUAUUAUAGUGGUUAUAUGUUUCUGUUAAUAAAAGCCUUAAAGACAUAACAUAUGCUAGAGACUUUGAACAUUCCUUGUUAUUACCUUAUUGAUAACUUUACCUGCUUACCAUAAAUUUUAUCAAUCCUGUGAGAGGGAUGAGCACAACUGUACCUAUGGUCCUCGAAAAAGAAUUUUUUAACGCUCAGAGGAGAAGUAAAAACGUAUUUCAGUGUUUCUUUCUAUUUAUUAAAUGAUUUGAGAGCUUUAUCAAGCAUUAAAAGUUGUUACACAUAUUGGUUUCUUUGAGAGCUAAAUAUAGGAUAUCAGAAAAUCAAUGACAAUGAAACUAGAGGUACAUUUACGCACUUCAAAUAAGAAGCACAACUCUUUGUUCUUCAGAUAAAGAAACAUGAAGUAAAGUUAUCAAAACAGAGGCUAACAUACGUGAUAUGUCUUUUCGUUUUUGAGAGGCUGAUUAUUGUAUAGUUACAUCAAUUCAUACUGCAAAUAUGGCCAGAUAAGUAGCUAAAAACUGGUAUUAGGUGGUCUAUGAAUGUGCACAGCAACUUCUGCAUACCAAAAUGUUCGUCAGAGUCUGUAGCUUUCGGAACUGCCUGAUGCUAGUUUCUAGUCACUGGGCAAAGCCCUCAAAUUCAAGAUGGCCGCUGAUACAUGAAAAUGACAUUCAAUAUAUAACAUUGCAAAAUAAAAGCAUUUAACUGUUGAUAAUUUAUUUUGAAUUAUUAUUACAUUUUUAAGGUUAUAAAUUUUAAAAAAUAUAUGCAUAAAAUGAUAUGAAAUAAAACAUUUUAUACCAAUUUUAUAUAGACUGAAAUGUGAUGAAUACUAUUUUCUUGAACUUACGGUCAAUAUACUUUGUUUGUGUGCUUCCAUUUACUGUUGUUCCUUACACUAUGCAAUCCCGAGUUGAACAAGUGAUGAUAAAUUGUAAUAACAUUAUUAUUUUGUCCAAGGGUACAUCUUAAUUAUUGACAACACACAUAUAUAAAUGGGUGGGGUAAUUCAAUAUUUAAUAUAUUUAAUGAUAGGUGAAAUCAGAAACAAAUUAGUAAUCAUCUUUUGUAAUGUAUACAUCCUACUGUAUGUUAUUAUUAUCAUCAAAACAAUGCAAAGUACGAGAUGUAUAUUUAGUCGAAAAUGUAAAACUAUAAAGUUUAUUUUAACAAACGGCCGCCAAGAUGGCUGCAACAAUAUUUUUGCACUGACACAUAUUUUAUACUGACAGUAACUCCACUCCUCUGUAGAAUAUGCUUCAGCUUGCUUGUUGAUUUCAUUGCGUUAUACCAGCCGUAAAUCAGUUGAUUAUUCAAUUGUGAUUGAUAGAGUAAACUGUAAUAUUCCUUUGAAAAUUUAUAAAAAAUGAAACAGCAUAUGGGUGUAUACAUGCAUACCAGAUAUAGGUUAUAAAUGUAAAUAUUUAUAUACAUGUCUAAUAAAUACUUAAUGAUUAACAAUAGCAUGUUGUCU